ACGCCUAACUGCGAUCGCGGCUGUCCUAUUCUGGAGCUCUAUGGUCUACCUACGGACGAGAAAUUGACUUUUCCUUGUCCCUUUGGCUCGUCUCAGCAAAGGGAGCUGAAAACGCAUCACGGGUCAUAUGAAGCCAUCGCGUCUGAACCAGAAACUACGGGUUUUCUUGGGCUAAAGAGGCGAAAUUGCGACAGUACCCUCCCUGCAUUAGAGUAUACGCGAAGUGCACAAAGAUGGAACAGUCCCUUGAGGCUAUCAGCAAGGAGUUCGACAUAAACUUCUUUGAGAAGCGCAAGUGGGACGGUGUUCGCGGCACUGUCUCCCGCACGUGGAAGGUCGCCACUAGCAUCACGCACCGCCGCUCGCAGGCUCGAACACCUGCUGCUCGACCGCCGCAACCGAAAUGGCGCCUCCCCCUAGAACUCCUAGAGCAAAUCGUCGAUCACUUGCACAACGAUGUCAAGACACUCCGCAGCUGCGCACUCGUCUGCCACGCGCUUGUCGCUUCGGCGCAGCACUACCUGUUCAACAGGAUAGUCAUAAAAGUGGGCAACUACGUGAACGCCGUCCUGCUCUUCGUCAAGAACCCCCAUAUCGCCGGUCACGUGCGCGAGCUGUACUUCGAGGCCGGCGAAGGGACCGCCUUCGAGUCUCUGCAGGCCCUUCUGGAGGAGAAGGGGCCACCGAAACACCUCCGCGUCUUCGCCCUUGUCAUCGCGCCACGUCUGACCAACGUCGUACGGCUCGCUUUCAAGGAUGUCCCUUUCGACCAGCAUAUCGUUGCCAUGUUCGCGUCCUCCUUCCCGCGCAUCCACAUGCUCUCCCUGUUCGACUGCUGGUUCCGUUGCAACGCAGAUAUGGACACGCUGGUCAAGACAUAUCCCCUCAUACACACUCUGCGCUGUGGACGGCUAUGCUCGCGGUACGGCGCCUCUGACCAAGACUUCGCCGAGCAGCCCGGAGCGAGGCUCACAUUGCGCUCGCUCAAGAUCACGGAGUCAUACGCGCCCACCCCUCUCACGUUGCUGCCUUGGCUUGUGACCCAUGUCGAGUCGGAGACGUUCAUAUACUCGCUCUACCGGCUGAGCCAGGUUGCGAAGCUGAAUCAGAUCAUCGCCGGGUACGCUUCUUUGCGACACCUGCAUAUUGUCCUGCCCCGCUGGCGCAAGGAAGACACCAAGGAGGUGAACGAAUGUCCGCCUGUAGUGGCAAUAGUGCCGCACUAUCCACCCAACCUGGUCACCCUCACAGUGGAUGCGAAGCUCCAUUCCCUAUUCCUCGCGGGGCAUAUUCUCGCACAACUCGACCCACAUGCCUUCGUCCGCCUUUCUACCGUUAACAUCAUCGCGCACAUCACUGUCGCGGCUAUCGAGGACGUCGACAUGGACGCGUGGGCGGGCAUGGACCAAACGCUCAGCGUCCUGCUCUCGCUCGGCGCGGUGAACUUCAUCAACAACUGCAACGAUACGUCUCACAUGGAGGCGGGCAGCGCGGCGAUCGUCAAGCGCCUCCCGGUGCUCAAUGUGCGCAAGGUGCUCUCGUUCGUCCCCCAGAGACCACCGAAGUAAAUUCGGCGCUUCAUAUGCUUGUCAUCUGUCUCUACUCGCCUUUCCCGGUCAUAUUCUGAAAUGCUCUCUUGGACCACUGCUUUCUUGCUGUUGACAAUCACGCACGCUUAGUUUAGCUCAUGCCAUGCUAAUACCUCAAUGUACGUACAUAGAUUCCAUCAACCCAAUCCCGCAGUUAUAGGCACCGCUUAUUAUGUAGAUAUUUGUUUUCUACGUUAGAUAUAUCGUCCGUAAAGCACCACCGUUUCUUCGGAUCUUAAUCCCUGCCAGUUACAGC